CCUCUCAACAUUGCCUACAGCCACAUCUACAGCUCCUACCGCAACUUUGUGGGGCCGCCUCACUUCAAGACGAUCUGCCGGCUCCUGGGCUACCAAGGGAUCGCCGUCGUCAUGGAGGAGUUGCUGAAGAUUGUCAAGAGCCUGUUACAAGGGACCAUCCUGCAGUACGUGAAAACGUUGAUAGAAGUGAUGCCCAAGAUAUGCCGCUUGCCAAGACAUGAAUAUGGAUCUCCAGGUAUCUUGGAGUUCUUCCAUCACCAGCUGAAGGACAUCAUCGAGUACGCAGAGCUGAAGACCGAUGUCUUCCAAAGCCUUAGGGAAGUGGGCAACGCUAUUCUGUUCUGUCUUCUCAUUGAGCAGGCCCUGUCCCAGGAAGAAGUUUGUGAUUUGCUGCAUGCUGCUCCCUUCCAAAAUAUUUUGCCCAGGGUCUACAUCAAAGAAGGAGAACGCUUGGAGGUACGCAUGAAGCGUCUCGAAGCCAAGUACGCCCCACUUCACCUGGUUCCCUUAAUAGAGAGGCUGGGAACUCCUCAGCAAAUAGCCAUUGCGCGGGAGGGCGACUUGCUGACCAAGGAGCGGCUGUGCUGCGGGCUCUCCAUGUUCGAGGUGAUCCUGACGCGCAUCCGGAGCUACCUGCAGGACCCGAUCUGGCGCGGGCCCCCGCCAACCAACGGGGUGAUGCACGUGGACGAGUGCGUGGAGUUUCACCGCCUCUGGAGCGCCAUGCAGUUCGUCUACUGCAUCCCCGUGGGCACCAACGAGUUCACGGCAGAGCAGUGCUUUGGAGACGGUCUGAACUGGGCGGGCUGCUCCAUCAUCGUUCUCCUCGGACAGCAGCGACGCUUCGACCUCUUUGACUUCUGCUACCACCUGCUGAAAGUGCAGAGGCAGGACGGCAAGGACGAAAUCAUUAAGAACGUGCCCCUAAAGAAGAUGGCUGACCGCAUCAGGAAGUACCAGAUCCUGAACAACGAGAUUUUUGCCAUCCUGAACAAGUACAUGAAGUCGGUGGAAACAGACAGCUCCACCGUCGAGCACGUGCGUUGCUUCCAGCCCCCAAUCCACCAGUCCCUGGCCACCACCUGCUAAGCAGCAAGUGUGAGCACGGACAUGAAACCCUUUGGGUUGGGGGGUGACAAGAAGCUGGACCAGGAUGGAAACCGGGAGGGGAGACUUAGCGGAGUGGAUUUGGCAAUGCAACUAGACUGGACAUACCCAAGACACACAAGGACGCAUCAUCCUGCCUGGCCCUGUCUGAGUGCAUGUUCUUCUGUGACAUCCCUGUGAUCGGUCUUACCUGUAGCUUAAAAGAGGGGAUGGGGGGAGGGAGGUUUAGGGAAAAAUGUGCUUUUUUUCCAUGAAGUGUCAGUGUUUUCCAGAACACAAAACUAGGAAAGUCCCGGGCACGGGGUUGCAGUCGGAGGAGCCGUGUGUUCUCAGCACGCUGGAAGUCCUCCCCCAAAGUGGACAGCGAGGGGCCAAACAGAGCUCCCGCCACCUUGCACGAGGGGGGCCACGUGUCAGGACAAUUUGGAGAGAGGCGUAAAAGGCAGCAUAGCAAGUUGUCUGGCCAAAGAAAGGUUGAUGUCGAGCUGGAUUGCAAGCUCCCUGUCCACCUGGGGCUGGAGAUAUACCCCCGCUUGUCGCGAUACAGCCCAGGCCCUCCUAAAUUCGGUCUCUGGUAAGGGGAUUUUAUGACAGGUGUGUACCAAAAUAGCAAAGAUAUGAAGGUUGAAUGGUGCUUUUCGGUGUCAGCUGGAAGACAAGGUCAUGAUGUGGUGCUUUCCCGCUGUGUUUCAUCCUCCUACAGCUAAUUGCAAAGAGUGAGCCAUGAGUGCUCUUAAUGAGUCAGUGCUAUGCCAUGCUGAUCCGAAUAUGCUCCUGCAUAUACCCCAGGGAGGGGAGAAAUCAGUGAUCCCAAGAGCAACCACAGCUGUCUCCAGAAUGUCCCAAAACUUCAGGUUUUUUUAGCUCAGUCUCCAAAAUCCUCAUUCUGGAAAGAGCUGAAAUCUGCAGUUUGCGUAUGUUCUUGAGUGCCGUUUCUCUGUCCUCAGUGAGCUCGCCGUGGCACAUCUGCCAACAGACAGGUCCACGGGGGAUGGAGCGUGCCAGCAGGGUUCAUGCAGACCCUCGCGCACAGGGGCGAGAUGAUCUUUUAGCACACGGGAAAUAAGAGAAGCAGCAAAAAAAGGUAGUGCUCAGAGGCUUUGGCUUGGGAAAUACAGAUGCUGUUUCCUUCCCUCUCCCUGGUGUCCAAGAUUUUCCAAAGUAAAAAAGUUGGUAGCAACUUCCAGGAGAAUUUCACCCUCUUCCACCCUACCCCGUGUCAGCAUCACCGCAGCGAUGUGCAGGGUGAGCCAAGAGCUCUCCUCUCCUUGCGUCUUCCUGCAACGCCCCCUUGAACGCCGCUGAAGUGUCCCCAGCAUUGCACGGAGAUUCAGAGGUAAUGGGAGACCGUGCACGUGCAGGGUUGCCGAUUCUGGAUCUAUUACAUCAUGACGUAAUGACACGAAUGACUGAGCUAUUUGCGUAGAUUGGUUUAGGAUCACGGUGCGUAGACUUUACGUCAGGGAGGAGAACGCACACGACGAUUACAUUUAAAAAACCCACUAGAUUACUGUAUACAUCAGAUUCAACAUUUAAUAUUUUAACAAAUGCCUUAUCUUCCUUCUGGACAAAUGUCAUGAAAUAAGUAUCCUAUCAUUGAUUUCCUGGGUGAGUCUCAGCAGUCUCCUGGAGAUUUAUAUCUAAUUCCUGGAGACUCCAGGGAAAGCCUGGAGGGUUGGCAGCCCAUUGCACGUGCCUCUCUGUUAAACCACCUCAGCCUCAUGCCCCAGCCCUGAGAAAGGUUUCAUUUUUUCUUGCCAUUAGUCAGGUCAAGUAAGACCCAUGCUGGGAGGUAAUAGAGAUGUGUCAAUACAUUGCAACCUGACCCAUCCUUUCAGACAGAGCCAUUUCAGACAGCACAAUCCAGUGCUGUCACAGGCUGUUAGGAAGCUAGAGACACUCAGCAAUUAUUCUCUCUAAGGGGAGCAAAAAGUUGAUUUGCCCCAACUCGAAUUUUCUGUCGUAGGAAACCACGGCCAGCACCGCGUUAUUAGCAAGAGACAUUCAUUUUUAUGCAAGAUCUCUCUGUUCUCUCUGAGAUCUGUAUCUGUUCUCUUGCGAACUGAGGAAUAUCUCCCACACUAACAUUGCCUGGCCCUUCCAGCUGUUUGAGCUGCACUGAGAAACAUUCACAUCUCUGAUGUAGUUGGUCUACAAGGUGCACCCCCUACCCUGUUUGCUGAGAAACUCGUGGUGCAUUUUGAUUGGAAACCUAAAUGAAACCUCAGGGAGAUCUUCUGAAGUCUUGCCUGUGGCAUGGACAGGCCAGGGAAGGGCUUGCAUUGUGCGGGGAAUUUGUUCCUACUGUAUUUUGAGCAGGAGAACAUCAAGAGCUCAGUAAUAUUUAAGGCUUGUGAUUCAUAUCUGCUCUUCCACAAAGGGUGCAAGGCCUAGCUCCCGACCCUGUUACACCACUUUUACGCUGAUUUAACUCUGCUGAAGCCAGGAGACUUACAUAAGCAUAGGAAAAGGUUAGCAGAAUGUGGACUCGGGCAUGUUUGUGCUAUGAAGUAAUGGGGCUACGAUCCUACUGAGAUCCUAAAUUGGGUUUUUGGUGACCUCAGGAGUUGGAGGUUUGUGAUUUUGCUGAAUGACAAGCACCGCCUCACUUUUGGCCGUCGGAUCAAUCUCUGGGCACAACACAAGGAAAUACCCAACCGUGGCUGUCACGUCACAAAGUGUUGGGGCUGUGUUGCAAAAUACCGGGUUAAGAAUGAGAUAUACCCCACGGCCCCAUGUCAGCCACCUAGACACUACUGGAUGUGCUGCACGAGUAGGUAAAUGCCAGUCCAGUUAACGACUGCACUAGUAGGUAAAUGCCAAUUCAAAAGUUUAGGCUUUUGAAGGAGUCAUAAUACCUUCACAUAUGCAUAAAUGUUGCCUUGAAGUGUCGUGUUCUUUGAUGUAAUUUGGGGGCAUGAAGUCCUGUGAGGUCUAUCAACACAGCUGGAUGAACUAAAAUGCAAUGCCUAAAACAGAGAUUUGCUGACAUGGGGUGGUGAGCGUGACGGUAGGAAGCACCCUCCAGGCUUGUACAGGGGUCAACAUUUUUGAGCAGGAAACCCAAAUUGUGUGCGCCAAGUGAAGAGUGGGGUUGUUGGGAUGGUUGUGUGUGUUUGCUGCAGGGGAUAUGCAGAUGUGUUGGUCAAAUGGUUCAGGGAGUUGGUGUCCGAGAUCAGUGAUGCCACCUUGUUCACACAACUUGACUUUCACCCCAAGGACGGUAGUCGAGCUCAAGUCCUCCUUGACUGACCAUGAGGGAGGGCACAGACCACUCAGUGAAGUGGUCAGCCUCUUCCUUUUGGGCUUAUUUAUUUGAAUCUAAUCAUUUUCAGUGGAAAAAAGGUGCGUGCUGGUAGCCGUCAUAGUAGCUCAUCAUGGGAACAGGUCGUGACGGGGCGUGUGAAGUUCUCCGUUCAAUGAAGGCCAGAGGUCUUCUUGAGGGAAAUGUUGUAGUUCAAGCACAAGCCGUUGCUGAACCUGGUGCAGGAAUCCUGGGGUGAAAUGUUCAGGUCCGGGUCACAUCGGAGGUCAGACAAAAUGAUUGUUACGGCCCUUUGUGGCCUUAAAAUGUGUGACUCUUAGUAUUUGCAAUGCACAGACCUGUCCCUUGGUCCUCAGCAGCCCCACAGAAAGGGGAAUCGAACCAAUUCAGAUCCUGCAUGCAGUGGUGUGUUUUUUUUCCCCCGACAACACAUGCUAGGAGCAUUGAACAACACACUAGUGCUUACUUCCCCCUGUAUGAAUCCAGUUCAAUGGGCUUAGGUGUGCUGACAACCCGGAGCAAAACUUUGUUUUUUAAAAAUUUAAAAGAAAAUGUUGAGAAAAAAAAAAAUUAUCUUGUCAAAUGUAUCAUAUUUGUAUGAAGAGCUGCUUGGGGGUUUUUGUACAAUGAAUUUACAUUUAUUUAUGGUGAGGUAUAUUUAUGCUCGUGGUCAAAUCUGGUGUUAAAUUUUUUAAUCAUAUUUGCUAUGCAGCUUAAGACGAUAUUUUGGUUUUGUAUUUUUUUCUUUUGAUUGUUCCGACUUCGGGCUAACAGAAGCUUCGAUCUCCGUUAAGGCGCUUCUGUAACGAUCAAGCAUCUGGUACGUGGUGAUAUGUCCUGUAAUACAGCAACCACCAGUGUGCACAAGCAAACCUGGGAUGAAUUCUGUGAUGAUGAAAAAUAAAGAGUUGGGCUCACCGAG